AUGCAAGCAUCCGUCUCAGUGACCCUGGAAACAGUGCCGGAUCGGGCGGUUCCCUGGGGGCGGGACCUGUACACUUUUGUGACAUCUGCAGCAGGUCACAUGAUGAGAACCCUCCAGAAGCCGCGCAAGAACCGCCCAUCAAAGAGGCAGGUCAACCACCGGCGCUUCCUGCAUAACAUGAUACAGAGAAAGUUUGCCGACAUCGAGGCGGCCAAUCGUCGACUGGAGUCCGCUCUCUACUUAAAGGAAGCAAAGUCGUCGACCACUGACCAUCAGGACAAACGUAAAGACCAAAGUGACAACCAUGAGAAACAAGACACGCCCUCACCAGUCUGUUCUGAAACUGCCCCGCCCAUCUCUCCAUUGUUCACGCCACAGCUGUCGCCGUUGUUCGUCGAAGGCCCAGACGACUCUCCGAACUUGACCGACUGGGCGGACAUCUUUGAUCUUUUCUUGGACAACGACGAGACGGCGCACCACGUUGACGGGUCUGUCACAACUCACGACGAUUUUGUCAUUCCCGAGCCGCUUCCCAGCUUGUCCAGCUGCCAACACGAUAUGAGGUCAUCAGGGGGCGUGGCUCAGUCUUUUUGGGCCCCGCCUUGCCACGCCUCCCUGAACCACAUAGCCACGCCCCCUUAUGAAGAUCAACUGACGUUCAGCGACAUCCUCAUGGAAGCAGAGUCCCUGGAAUGUACGUCUUUUAACACGUUUUCUUACCAAGAUCUUUACACUUAUUGA